UUGUACAAAACAACCUUAGCGCUAAGGUUACCUUAUAUCCUUAAGUUUUAACCUUAGGCCUUUACUAAGGUUGACCCCCUGUUGCAUGAAACUACCCUACGCUAAGGUAGCCUUAGUUAAGGUGAAAAUUUUAAGGUUGGUCAGACCCAACCUUAGCCACGCUAAGGUUGAUACUUCAUUGAAUUUCAACAUGGCUACUUUCUUGUUGAUGUGUGAGGAAACUGAGAGAAGUUUGAGGAAACAGCGUGUUUUCCGAGAUCGCACCAUGCAGCUUGAGACACUGACAGACUUGGACCUGAUAUCGCGUUAUCGCCUCACUCGCGAAGCCAUUUUCUGUCUCGUAGACAAAGUUCGUCCUUUGGUCGAAAGACCAACACAGCGUUCGUACGCUAUGACAGUGGAAUCUCAAGUUUUGUUUACGCUGAGAUAUUUAGGAAAAGGGGGAUUUCUUUCUGAAAUUGGAGAUUUGCAUGGUUUGGAUAAAUCAAGUGUGUCGAGAGGUUUUCAUUCAACGGUAAAUGCAAUAUGCACGGUUUUAGACAAUAUUACUUUUCCCUGGAGUCACGAGCAGCAAACCAAGGUACAGCAAGCAUUCUAUAGAAUUGGUCAUUUCCCAAAAGUUCUUGGUGCCGUCGACGGAACACUUAUUCCCAUAAAACGACCAUCACCAAACGACGAAGCGGCCUACAUAUGCCGGAAGGGAUAUCAUGCCAUCAAUGUGCAGGCGAUAUGCGACAGCUCUCUCCGCUUUACCAACGUGGUGGCAAAAUGGCCAGGAUCGACUCACGAUUCUUUGAUUUGGAGUAGUAGUCAAGUUGGGAUGAGGAUGGAAGAAACUGCACCUGAUGGUUGGCUGCUUGGUGACUCAGGAUAUGCAUGCAGACCUUGGAUGCUAACCCCCUUAGCAGAUCCUCAGACGAAGCCUGAACAAAAGUUCAAUGCAGCCCAUAUCAGGACAAGAAACACUGUUGAAAGGGCCUUUGGUGUGCUAAAGUCCAGAUUCAGAUGUCUCCAUAAGUCCACCGGAUGUUUAUGGUUUAAUCCACAAAGAUGUGUAGCUGUAAUUAUGGCUACUUUCAAGCUGCACAACUUCUGCAUCGACAACAAGGUUGCACCACCACUAGAGGAAGCAGUGGUUGAUCAUGUUGAUGAAGAAAACAAUCCUGAAGUCAGACAGUGUCAGGAUGGGUGUGCGACUAGGAGUAAGCUGAUUACUGAAAGAUUUACAUAGGCUGUCAAGCCUUUCUCUCUGUACCACCAAGUGCUCCUCUGAUAUGCUGAGCAUCCUCUUUUGCACAUCUAUUAGCUCCUUGAGGGCAUCUGCUUUGGCUGUCUCAACGUCAAUUAUUGAGGCAAUGUGCUUCGG